CUGACAGACCAGCUCAGACCAGGACCAGCACAGGAACCCGUUCACCUGUGAAGUCACCCACACCUCAACUUUAUUUCUGUUUUUGUAAUCUGAAAAUCAAACAUUUUUAAGUUGUAACUCCUGAAAUAAGUGUGUUAUAGUAGCAGCUAAGAUGGCCACGUCUGCCAGUGCCAGCCUGAGUAAAGCUGUCAAGCAGCAGUACAUGGAGCUCCCUCAGGGAGAUAAAGUCCAGGCCAUGUACAUUUGGAUAGAUGGAACGGGAGAGGGGCUCCGGUGCAAAACAAGGACUCUGGAUUCUGAACCCAAAAGCAUUGAAGAGCUCCCCGAGUGGAACUUCGAUGGCUCCAGUACCUACCAGGCAGAGGGCUCCAACAGCGACAUGUAUCUGGUCCCUUCUGCCAUGUUCCGUGACCCGUUCCGCAAAGACCCCAACAAGCUGGUCUUGUGUGAAGUCCUGAAGUACAACCGCAAACCUGCCGAAACCAACCUUCGGAUCACAUGUCACAAGAUGAUGCAGAUGGUGGCGGACCAGCACCCCUGGUUUGGCAUGGAGCAGGAGUACACCAUUCUGGGCACAGACGGACACCCAUUUGGCUGGCCAUCCAAUGGUUUCCCAGGACCACAAGGUCCGUAUUACUGCGGUGUUGGCGCUGACAAAGCGUACGGCAGAGACAUUGUCGAGGCUCAUUACAGGGCGUGUCUGUAUGCUGGGGUCAACAUUUGCGGAACAAAUGCAGAAGUGAUGCCUGCUCAGUGGGAGUUUCAGGUUGGACCUUGUGAGGGAAUCGACAUGGGUGAUCAUUUGUGGGUAGCCCGCUUCAUCCUUCAUCGUGUCUGUGAAGAUUUCGGCGUUGUCGCCUCCUUUGACCCCAAGCCCAUCCCAGGAAACUGGAACGGUGCCGGCUGCCACACAAACUUCAGCACGAAGGAGAUGAGAGAAGACGGCGGAUUAAAAGCCAUCGAAGACUCCAUCGAGAAGCUUUCGAAGAGACACGACUACCACAUACGUGCCUACGAUCCUAAAGGGGGUCUCGACAACGCUCGCCGUCUGACCGGGCGCCACGAGACGUCGAACAUCCACGAGUUCUCCGCAGGCGUGGCCAACCGAGGCGCCAGCAUCCGCAUCCCUCGUAAUGUCGGCCAGGAGAAACGAGGCUACUUUGAAGACCGCCGUCCGUCGGCCAACUGCGACCCGUACGGCGUGACCGAGGCCCUGAUCCGCACCUGUCUGCUGAACGAGGAGGGUGACGAACCAACCGAUUACUAAACCCCAUCCCCCCCAAACUCAUGGACUGACUCUACUUCCCUCCUGAUUUUAGCACUGUAUUGUAUUUUUCUCCCCUCUCCCACUAAGAAUUUUAACUAAUGGUUUAAAGUUGGCUGGUCAACUUAAACGUGACACGGUAACGAGGUUCCUGGAGGUUUUGAGCUGGUAACGUCAGGGUACAUCUUUCCUUGUGUCUUUAGCAAGGAUUGACUUUUAUAAUACUGUUUUUAUAACCCUGAGUCAUGUCAUUCCCUCUUGUCUGUUUGUGACUAAAAUAAAACUAAAGCACAAGGACACUGCAGAGUAGGGCUGGACGACCAUGUGUAAAGUAAUAAAUGUGAUUAGUUCAUGUAUUAGUGUUGACUCUCAGAUGUCCGGUCUUCAAUGUUACUAAUGUUUUCAUUUUAUGAAUUUUAUUAUUUUUUUGGUAAAUGAUGUCUUCAAAUUCUGACACAUUAAGUCAACUUGUACGGUGCACUUAUAGAUGUCCCAGACAUAAGUUGUUGCCAUUUGUAGAUUUCCUCGAGGAGUUUUAUCCUUUUUUGUUAACGACGAUAUUGUAAUGUCACCUGAUUUGGUAAAACAUUGUUUACUGAACCUGGUGUUUUUUAUUGAUACACUUAAAACAUUUAUUUUUAUCACAA